AUGAAGCCCUUCAGCCUCGUCGCCCUGGCCACCUCGGCCAGCGCCCACGCCAUCUUCCAGCGCGUCUCGGUCAACGGCGUUGACCAGGGCCAGCUCGUUGGCAUCCGUGCCCCCUCCAGCAACUUCCCCAUCGAGAACGUUAACCACCCUGACUUCGCCUGCAACACCAAUAUCGUCUUCAAGGACAACAACGUUAUCAAGAUCCCGGCUGGCGCCCGCGUUGGUGCCUGGUGGGGUCACGAGAUCGGCGGCGCUGCUGGGCCCAAUGACCCGGAUCAUCCUAUUGCCAAGUCACACAAGGGUCCUAUCCAAGUCUACCUCGCCAAGGUCGACAACGCCGCCACGGCCUCCGAUAAGAACCUUCAAUGGUUCAAGAUUGCCGAGCGCGGCCUCAACAACGGCGUCUGGGCCGUCGACGAGAUGAUUGCCAACAACGGCUGGCACUACUUCGACAUGCCACAAUGCAUCGCCCCUGGUCAUUACCUCAUGCGCGUCGAGCUCCUUGCCCUGCACAACGCCUUCGCCCCUGGCGGCUCCCAGUUCUACAUGGAGUGCGCCCAGAUCGAGGUCACCGGCUCCGGCACGCACACCGGCAGCGACUUCGUCUCCUUCCCCGGCGCGUACAGCGCUACCCACCCCGGCAUCACCAUCAACAUCUAUGACAACUUCGGCCAGCCGACGAAUGGCGGUCGCCCGUAUGAGAUCCCUGGCCCGAGACCCAUUUCCUGCGCGAAUGCGCCCAGCAACCCCCAGCCUCAGCAGCCAACUACGACGGCGCAACCCAGCCAGCCCACGCCCACGAACGGCGGUGGUUCGGACAGCGUGCCGCUCUGGGGCCAGUGCGGUGGUCGUGGGUAUACCGGGCCGACGACUUGCGCGCAGGGUACCUGCAAGGUGCAGAAUGAGUGGUAUAGCCAGUGCAUUCCUUGA